CUGGUUACUACACCAGUCUUGCUCAGUAUAAAAUAAAAAAAUAAUAAACCCGGAAGAGGGGCCCGGAAGAGGGUAUGCCUGCAAGAUGGCUGGACCUGGAAGAAGGUUCGAACCGUACUUACACGGGCCCAUGAGGUUUGACCGAUAUCGGGGAAUCAGCCGGUGCCGUCAAAUUGAUUGGGGACUAAAAGAUGUCCAUUAAAAGAAAUAGAAGGGGAUCGUCCACCGUGGCGCGUCCUAUUUCCCCCUUCUCAGGGAAGACUUGAACGGGAGGUGAGCUAAGGCCUUCCCGGGAUAGUAAAUAUCAAAGGGUCAUUAAAAGACUUAAUCACCCGACAUGGUUAAUUCUCCAAUGUUGAUCUGACCCUGGAAGAAGGGUGCAUUUUGGGCCUUGGAGAGGGCUCGAAACCAUCCGACAUGGUUAAUUCUCCAAUGUUGAUCUGACCCGGCCAUCAGCAUUAUCUUAUUGGAAGACUGAGACACAAGCCUGGCCUGGCACGCUAGUUACUACACUGGUCUUGCUCAGUAUAAUAAAGAAAAUAUGUGACCCAGUCGAACUGGUACAUUGGUCUCACACCAGUCUUACACAUAUUUUCCAAUAAGCAUGAGUCCAAUCGAAUUGGGUACACCGAUUGCACAUCGGUUUCAGCAAAAAAGUGAGCAAAGCUCAUAUUGGGGACGCCCGAUUCAUUUAAGCCCUCAAUCUGAGGCACUUUGAUCGAAGAUGGUCUCUGCGAGACAUGAAGAUAUUUACAUCAGUCAGCCGGGCUAACACUGAUCUUCAACAAAGCUACUGCAUCGGAUUCAAUUCUUAUUAACUAAGGUCGUUGUCAUCGGUAUACUAAUUUCGUCACGCAUCGUUUGCUUGACUCGUACUAACACCGACCUCGACGAAAUAACCUUUCGAAGCAUCGUUGCUUUAUCGAACUGACAUCGCUCUCGAUACGAUAAUUAUUCGCGUAAAUCUUAAUCGCCUAACACCGAGCUCCUCGGUAAUAAUUUUUUGAGCACGGCAUAGGCCGGUCAAAAAAAAAUGUUGUACACAUUAUUUUUUGCAGGAAAAACUUCUGAUUCGAAAAAUUAGAGAAUUAAUGAAGACUCGGAGGACUAGCAUUAAUAUCAACCGGUCAAGAAUAUAAAGUACGAAGAUUGAAGAUAGCACUCGGAUGACUUAUUUACUUUUUUAAGUUGAUGAUUCUCACAACUUAAAAAAGUGGAGGACUUCUUGAUGGGAAAUAAUGCGUGGCUCGGCCCACAUUUCCCAAUUAUUUACGAAGAACAGUCAAACCGGGCCUGUUUAAUGAAAUAGAGGAAUAAAAGAAUAUUCCUCUAAAGAUGCUCCAGCUACUCCUAUAAAAGGAAGGCUCUCCUUCAAUGUUAGGGGAGGCCAUUCACUCAUUCAUCUCCUGCAUAUCUCUAUCUCCCUCUUUAGAAAGUUUUUAGAGUGUUUUUCCUUCUUCUUCAAGAGCUUCUAGCUCCACCAUUAAUGGCUUUUAAGCCUAAAUCAUGACGGAUGGAGUAUUUAGUAUUUACCCUACAGGGUAUAUAAGAUUUCGCAAUCCCUAUGAGUAAAUAAACAAGGAAUGCUCUGUUUCGCCUUAGCGGAAGGUCAGCCAGCAAUCGGGUCAUCUUCUCUGCCCGUUCCGGUCGAUUACAGCUAUCAAAAUUGCUAUGAAGGGAAGUGUGGACGGGUGUCGUGCAGAUGUUAGGGAUCGGAUCAGCGAACUCCCGGUAGAGAUACUUGACCAUAUUAUGGGAUUUUUGCCUGUUCAACAAGCUGCUAAAACUGCAGUUUUGUCUAAGGUUUGGAGAGAUGUGUGGUUCAGUCUCACACGGUUGUGCUUUGAUGUCAUUGAUGAUAACUUCUUUAGGUAUUUUAAUCACAAGUAUCGAGCGGGUAGCGAAUACUUAGAGGAAUCUUUACUUUUUUAUGUAAUCUCCAAAGUUCUCUUGGAACACAAGGGAUCUAUCCGGAAAUUUGAGUGUCGUCAUUCAUCGGCUCGGGCAGAAACGGUUAGGUCUCGGUCAUUUGACAUGGAUCAGUGGUUGCUGUUAGUCACACAGCGAGGCGUUGAAGAAACCUCCCUUCAUUUUGGGCUAAAUGAAUACAAGCUACCGGAUUGCAUACUUUCGUGCUCAACACUCAGGAGAUUGGAUCUCUAUGGGCUGUUAAUUGAACCCCCACAAGAUUCCCAGUGCGCUUUUCCAAAUGUCACCUCACUUAGUUUUAGAUGUGUUCAGUUCCGUUCUAGAAAUCCUUCAGGCUACGUUGUUGAUGUUCCUAAGCUGGAGAAUCUGUCAUUUAUUCAUUGUGAGGAUAUGUUUCUUUUUAACAUCAAUGCUAGAAAUCUAUGCACUUUGACAAUCGAGUGUUGGUAUACUACCCAAUUGGGCAAAUUUCUUCCGGAAAACUUGGACUUGAGAUCUAUUCGCACUCUUGAAAUGGACAAUUACACUCUCCAGGAUUUUCUUGGCCAAUAUACUACAAAUGGAAUUGCACUACAACUGCCCCUACUAAACGUGGAACUACUCAAGCUAUCAGAAUUUUGUUUCCUUGAUAAUGCUAUUGCUAGGGUUUCUGCUUUUGUAUGCUUGCUGUGCAGAUGUCCAAAGUUACGCAAUCUUGAAAUUAAAUUUGAAUCUCGGUGUGUGGAGGAUGUAUACAAGUUUAUAGAUACUACAUCGAGGGAUUUGAAAAAUCUCCGUUGUGUUUUACGAAGGCACAAGACGCUUUUAUCUUUGAAGAUUAGCUCAUUCAAAGGACUGAGGCCCCAACUGCAUUUCAUUAAGGAGAUGCUUGCAUGUCUUCCAGCACUUGAAAAGGUUGUCAUUAUUUGUUUGCCUCCUAUGUUCGGUUGGAACAAAAAAAGUGACAUUUUGGAAGAAAUUUUGCAUUUUCCGUGUGCCUCCCCCAAAGCGAAAAUCGCUUAUCACUGAUCUUGUCAAGUUGAAUCUACCACUACAAAUUACUUUCAUUGUUGUGGUUAGUGAUAUGCCAAAUGGCAGUAAUUUUUUUUGUUAAGUAUUUGAAUCUUGUAUGAAUUACUUUGACAUGCCAAAUGGAUGACUUUCCAGCCAAAUGCAAUAAAAAUUGAACUUUCUU